UAGGAAGAAGUGAUGGUGAGAUCAGACAGAGGUACCUGUCUGUCUCCUGUCUUUCAGAACAGUUUCAGUCAAACUGUCAGAGGAACCUGCAGAAUAUUCAGAGAGUUUGUGAAGAGCUAAAUCAUGAUGUCAGAUACCAGGGUAUCCUCUGUCAUCCAGGAGUGGGCAAACUCAUACCCGGGUCAGGCUCACACCCACACCCUGAACCCGAACACACCAACUAAUCAGCUGGCUCAGAUGGACAUGACAUACAGCCAGUCUCAGGGACUGGUGAGAGGGGGCACUGAUGACAGAAUGUCUGAGCAGAUGAUGGGACUGUCUUACAUGCCGUAUACGUCCUCGUGUCUCAGCAACACCUCGAGCGCAGGGAACACAAACCACCACCAGAGCCACGCCAGCACUCAGCAGGAUUUCUCCUCCUUCCUCCUGCCAACUUUGCGGGCCCCAGUAAACAAGAGGAGCAUCAGCAAGGACAGUGCAGAGUACCGGCUGCGACGCGAGCGGAACAACGUUGCUGUGAGAAAGAGCCGGGACAAGGCUCGCAGGAGGAUCCUGCUGACCCAGCAGAGGGCCAUGCAGCUGCAGGAGGAAAACCAGAAGCUGCAGAUGAGGAUAGGGCAGCUGACACAGGAGCUGGACACUCUCAAACACAUCAUGUCACAGCGGCAUCUGCAGGGGGCUGCGGAGGGAGCAGCAGGGGAGUCCAGUAUCUAGCACCACAUUUGUUCCUAGUGUUAAUUUUAUGCAUCAGAUUCAUUAUUAGUGUCUAUGGGCAGGCCUUCCAAGUCCCCUUGUUGAUUUCUCAGAUCAGGCCACUAUUUAAAAAAAAGGCACAUGUAGAAGUAGCACAUUUAACAAAAGGAAGCAUUUUGAGGGGGUGUAAUGCUCAGUGUAAAAGGGGUUAGUAAUAGUUUCAUAUUGUAAAAUUGUGAAGAGGGAAAGCAUAACACACUGGCAGGGCUGUAGCUACCUUUGAGGACACGGAUGGCACGUCUUUUGUUCUAGGGUUUUAGAUUUAAGACACAACAUUUGCAGUCAUUUUUGAAACAAUGGGUCUUCAAUUUCACACGGACGUUAUCAAAAGCAGCUUCUAACCAUCGUCUUUAGUGUGGCUGAAGUGACAACUGUCGCUAGCAGAUUUCAUCAGAAGUAGCUAGCUAGUGUAAGCUAAAGCUACAGCUAAAACCCUGUAAAUCGGUUGAAAACGCAAUCUGCAGCUAACGUUUUAAUGUUUCCAGUUGACUCUUUCAAAACAAAGUGGGUGUUUUAAGCCUUAAAAUAUAUUUUUCUUUAACCUGCAACCCAACUUAAUAAUGCAGUUUGGCCCAUGCCUUUGAGAACAAAAUGGUUUAUACUGUUGGUAGAAAGCAGCUAACCAUGCUAACACUUGCAGGUUAUGCUCUUGUGGUUUUGGUUUUGUACAGGCUAAAAAAAGACACCACCCUCCAUAUUUUAAGAUACAGUGUUUCACUACAGACCCAUAUUCAGACCUUCUGCAUGUGGAGGCAUCCACAACUUGACAGGUUGCUAUAGUUGGUUGACAAAUUGGGACAGAGGUUUAGCAAAUGGUUGAUUAAAUUCCUGGCAGUGUGGAGUAGGCUUUACAACAGCAUUUCAUGGUGGGAAAUAACAGACAAAAUGCAAUUACAUUUUUUUUUUUUAAUCCAAAUAAUUCUAAAUGAUAGACUUCAUUUUUGGUAUCUGGUCAGACUCUUCUGGGUGAGAAGGGAACAUCCUCAUGACCUCAGUAUUUUUGAAAUUGUGGCUACGGCCCUGCACACUGGACCUUGGAAUAAAUGAAUGAAGCACCUAAACAAGAGACCUUGGAGUCUCAAUAUGAAGUAGGAAAAUGUGUGCUGUUUAUGAAUGUAGAUGUCAUUGCAUACUUUAAAAUGUGAGAGAAGAGAUUGGAGAGCAGAAACUUUAUGCGAGUUGCAGAGUCUGUGCAAAUCAUAUAUAUAUUUAAGAUUUGCGAAACAGCUAGGUGAGAUGGGUUAGGGAGUUUUAGGGACAACCUGAUGCACCGUUGAUCUAAAAAUCCUUAAUGCUGCACACAUGGGCCCAACAAAACGUUCCAAAGGCUGAAAGCUGCAUUUUACGUAAAUUGAGCAAAUUCCCCCAAAAAACUUUCUUGAAAGUUCCUGAAGACAUCUGAACACACAUGCUUAUUCCU